AUGGCGGCCCAAGCAGCUCUUAUUACCGAUACCAUCAUUGGUUUGAAACGGGCGUUACGAAGAGAAGAUGAUCACACUGGAUCAGACGACUUCAUCUCUCAACCGACGAACCGAGGCACUAAAUUAAGGGCGAAUGCGAAAUACGUGCGGGAGGGCGCGCUUGGAUAUGUUCAUUCGGAGGACCUCAGCAAGCAGAAAAUCAACCAUGCAGGCUACACGCGCUAUAUUCUUCAGCGAAACCCGCCUCGCUAUGAUUCCGAGGGUGAUGAGCUCGAUGAGGACGAUGAGGACUCCGAAGCGGAUGCUGCAGCGGCGGAGGAAAAUCCAUUCUCUGAGAUAGCGCUGGAAACUCUUCUUUGCCCGUUGAAACACCCUUCCGAACUGCCUACCCACCCCUCUAUGUCGCAAGCGUAUACCUCCAAAGCCCUUCAGACCAUGACCCAGAACAUCGAGGCCAAACUUCGCCAAGAACGGGCCCUGCUCUGGCGUGCUCGAAACCUUCAUCGACGGUUUCUGGGCGACAGCGUAUGGAUGCCGUGUGGUAAGAUUGAGACGCCGGAAGACAGGUGGAUCUUCGAGCCCCGGAUCAUCCAGCCUGUAUCAGGUUCGCCCAUGAGUCGGUUCGAACAUAGUGGCUCUGGCACACCGUAUGCACAGGGUACGUCUACAACGAGGAAAGAAUCUAUGCAAGAGCACGAGCUAUUAGCUGGCGCCCCGUGGGCCAAAAGCUCCGUUGGAGCAACUGAAGCCCACCUACAGUCAGCCGCCGGGAAGGAUGUGGACAUGGCGGAUGCCUCAACUGCUGACGCAGAAGCAAGAAAUGGUGAAACUAUCGCCAGCAACAACAAUUCGGCAAUGGAGCCGAAACCCGAGGAAGUAGACGCCAUGGUCACUGAUCUCCCACAACAUAUGGACACACAAGCUCCGGUAUCAGGUACACAUGAUAACAGGGCUGAUCAGGACAGUCACAGCGAGUCCCAUGAAGGAGAUACAGAGAUGCAGGAAAGAGAUUUAUUAUCGCCCGAACCACCGCGGCGGAUGACAACCCGGGCCCAGACCAAUGCUACCAACAUGCUGCAAGACAACGAGUCGGUAGAUCACUCAUCCCCGUCACCGUCAACCGCGACGGUCAGCACUCUUCCAACCCCACACCCGCUGUUUCUGGUCCCGAACCAGAUCCGGCCGGAUCCCAACUUCGGGCUGCCGCCCACCGAAGCGGAAGAAACCCGCCGCCUGCUAUGGUCCUAUAUUCAAAAGCAGGAGGAGACGGUACGCGGCUUCGAAACCAUGUUGGAGUCCCUGUUCCGCGCAUGCCGGAUGAAGGACGACGUUCUGGAGUGGUGCAAGGCUGAAGGACAUGUCGGGGAACUCAGCGACGGGGAGGACUGGUAUGACCGAGAGAAAUGGGGUUUAGCAGAAGGCGAGGAUCUCAAAAAGGGUGCAGACGAGGACGAGAUUGAGGCUGUUGUCGACGAAGGCAGGACGACCGGAAAGAGAGGGAGAGGAAGGAAGUAA